ACCCUGGAGCUGUUGAUCAGCGUCCCGGGGGGAGUGGGGCUCCGACAGGUCUAAGCUCAGGAUGGAGACCACAGACAAAACAGUCUCAGAACUCAUACAUACAGGCCCUCCAGCAACUACAGAGACAGUUUAAAACUCUGUACAACCCACCCAACCCCUCAGGUUUUCCUCCUAUGAAGCGACCGUUCCCCAGCCCCGCAUGGCCUCCAAAGUCCGGCCCCCAACAACAGCGCUUCCCUCCGUCUCCUCAAGGAGCCCAGCUCCCAGCAGCUUUUAACCAAAGUCCGCAGGCGCCUGGCCCAGCACCACAGAGGCGUAUCCCUCCCAUGCAGCCUCCCCCACAGCGCAUGCCGUCAGCGCCCCUGGUUCAGAGACAGCAGCCUCCGCCUAUGAGAUCUCCGCAGUCUCUCCUUCAACAACCACCACGGCCACUACCUUCACGCCAACCGCCUCCAAGACAAGGCCCUCCGCCUACCAAUAGAGCACCACAAUCACCUUUCGGACCACCUAACAACAACAACAACAACAACAACAUCAUCAUCAACAGCAGACCACCAGCCCCACCACAAAGACAGCCACCGUCACUUCUACCAGCACGUCAACCGAUUCAGAGACCAGGUCCCCCGCCUACCAACUCAGCACCACGCUCACCGUUUGGACCACCGAACAACAACAACAACAUCAACAACAACAGACCACCACCACCACUAAGGCAACCACCACCACCAAGACAACCACCUCCACCGGCACGCCAGCCCCCUCCGAGACAAGCCCCACCACCUACCAACCGAGCCCCUCAACCGCCAUUUGGACCUCCCAACAAUAACAACAUCAACAACAGACCACCACCACCACCACAAAGACAACCACCACCACCAAGACAACCACCACCACCAAGACAACCCCCACCACUAAGACAACCACCACCACCUCAGAGACAACCACCUCAGAGACAACCACCUCAAAGACAACCACCACCACCAGCACGUCAGCCCCCUCCUCCCAGACAAGCCCCUCCCCCCACUAACCCAGCUCCACAAUCACCGUUUAGUCCUCCCAUUAACAAUGCCAACAGACCACCACCAUCGUCUUUCAACUCCCCACCGCGAACAAACCACUACAUCCCGCAUAGAUUUAUGGGUGGUUCCUCAGAAUGUUCUGGAGGAUAUAUACCCGGGCAGCUCUGUUGUGACGGAAUCACAAAUAUUGUGCCAACAGGCGGACAACAGCAGUGGGCCUGCUGUCAUAAAGGAAUCUAGGUGGCACCCUGAAAUGCUGUCGUAAGCAGCCCUAUAACCCAGAUCUGGAGAUGUGUUGCGGAGAAUCGGUGAAGCCAAGACUUGGACAUCAGAAAGGAAUGGAUUGCUGCGGCAAACACAUGUAUAACCCUAUGACCUCAUUAUGCUGCGAGGAAGGAAACACAUUCCCCAAGACUCCUGGAACCCAAUGCUGUGGCAAAAACUUCUUCCAACCGGCGUAUCAGCAAUGUUGUUUUGGAGAUGCUCUACCCAAAGGAGCUAUGUGCAUGGCUAAAUGAGGAAAUAAGAAAAAAAAUGCACACACUUUAAGUAUUGAUCUACAUCAGAACACACUAUCAGUCACCCGAGCCCUUCCGUUUAAGAUGGCAUUGAAGUGAAAGAUUUAGGCGUGGAAGGAAAACGACCCAUUUUCUGACUUAGCACUAUAUCAAUGGAGUGUGUGUGUUUCAGUGACAAUCGAAAGCAGUGCACGUGCUGGACAGUUAUCCAUGACUUUUUCUUAUCUUCCCACCUUGAAACUGCUGUCCCAAGAUGGACAUGAUAUGUGCGUAUGCCUUGAGAAAGGUCCCAGUUGUCGGGAAUUGUACUUUCAGACAUACUCUAGUAAUUUUAUGGAAUAGUGGCGAAAUGAAUCUAACAUAUCAGAUGCCUCUUGACCUAAUUUCUAGCACAUCUUUAACACUCUGUGAAAAUAAUAAAAAGUAAUGAAUACUCAGUUUUGUGAGAAAAAACCAUUUUAACACAUUAUUUAGGAAUGGCCAAGCAUACUCUUUCUCAAGGAACUGCAUUUUGGAACAUAUGACACUUUUCUUACCUUUUCACCUCCUAGCACAAAAGUAGCCCUGCUGACAACUAAGACCUUUCUCCAGGCAUACAUACAUAUUACUGUCUGAAACUUUGAGCUUAUAGUUCAGAUAUUUUCAGUUUUAUAUAAAAGUUAGUCUUGUGAGAGCAUAAAACAAAGAAUAAAAACAUAUUAUAAAACAAAACCCAA